AUGCAACGAAUUCUGCCGAAAGUUUCGUCGAUGUCCCGACAAUGUUCGGCGAUGAAGGUGGCGAAGCCGUUGACAACGAACGAGAGCCAGAAAUGUCUGAACCUUAGUGCCUCGAACAUAAUCUGCAAGUGUAUUCGAAAUAGUAAAAUUUUAGAAUAUCUAUUGAAUAAUUUAAUAAUGAUCAAUGUUACAGCGGCCACAUCUAUGAAUCAAAGCCAAGCAACGGUGAUCACGGAUACUCUGAACAGUGUGGAAUCCAUUCCUUUGUUGGAUCCAGUUGAAGUCUCGUCGUCCUUUGAGAUAUCCCAGCCGAUGCUCGAUGCGCAGAUCACCGUGGACAAAUCACCGUUACCUUUCGAAGAGGUCCCUGGACCGGCGAUCCUGAAACUGUGGGAGAAGUAUUGGAAAUACGUGCCGUUCCUCGGUACGCAACUGUUUUCCAGUCUGCUAAUCAACCGAUUCACCAACGGACGCCUGUCGUGGAACCGCAACGUCACGCCGCUGAAGUAUCUGUUCAAUGAACACGGAUGCAUUGUGAGGAUCAAUGGACCGCUCUCGGGAGAUAUCGUUAUGAUCCACAGACCUGAACACAUAGCCGAAGUGUUGAAACAGGAAGGGAACACACCGAUUCGCAGUGGUAUCGAUAUUCUACAGCACUAUCACCUGCAUCAUCGCAAGUAUCGUCUAGCUGGACCAUUCUCGCUGCAGGGUUCAGAGUGGCUGGAAGUCAGGGGCAGGAUCGACAUGGUCUGCGACGAGCUGAUAAGCAGGGUAUACAAAAUACGCAACAAACAAGACGAAGUACCCAGCAAUUUCCACGAAGACAUCAUACGCUGGGCGAUGGAAUGCUUCUCCGCCGUCACUUUCAACAAACACACAGGUUUCCUCGAAACCUCUGGUUACAACGCCACGUCCGAACCAUCGAGAAUCAUCAGUGCUUUAAUGACAGCUCACAAGUACAUGAAUCGCUGCGAAACCGGCUUCCAAGUCUGGCGAUUUUUCCUGACGCCGUUCGCCAAGAAUCUAUUCGAAGCUUGUGACAUUCUAGACGGUGUCAUCGGGAAGCACGUCCGUCAGGCGCAAAGUAAGCUUCGAAGUCGAUCUCUCUCGGGGUACAAAACAGGGAGCAAAGUGAAAGACACCGAAGUGGACUUGCCGGUUUUGGAAAAGUUCCUUGUAACCGAUGGCAUCCAGCCGGAUGACAUCUGCACGUUGCUGAUGGACAUGAUGAUUUUAGGAGUACAAGCGACCGCGAAUUGUGAAGCAUUUCUUUUGUACCACCUGGCGAAGAAUCCAAGGACCCAAAGGAAAUUGUACGAUGAAAUCGUGAAUGUUCUACCAGACAAGGAUUCGCCCCUGACAAAAGAAACUUUAAAGGAUAUGCGAUAUUUGAAAGCGUGUUUCCAAGAAAGUUUGAGGCUGCGUCCAGCGUUCCCAUAUUUCACUAGGCUAUUACCGAAGACAAUAUCUAUUCACGGAUAUACGAUACCUAAAGGAACGUUCGUCAUAAUGGCGAAUCAAAUAUCUUCUCAACGAGAAGAGAACUACGAGGAUCCACAGAAAUUCCGGCCGGAGAGGUGGUUGACCAGUUCCUCCGAGGGGAAUGCAGAGUUCAGCUGUCUGCCUUUUGGUUACGGCACGAGGUCGUGCUUAGGGAAGAAUAUGGCCGAGACGACGAUGAUGUUACUGACUGCGAAGCUGGUACGACAGUUCCGAAUUGAGUACGAUUAUGCCGACAUCAAGAGCAGCUUCAUGAUGGUAAACGUGCCGAACAAACCUCUACGAUUCCGUUUCGUUGACAGAAUCUAA